AUGGCUUCCGACGGAGGCCGCGUCGAUGUUGCAGAGCCUUACCAGGCUUACAAAACUGCCACGAAUUACGUUUUGCAGUGGCUGUGGAUUGAGUACAGACUUCGGGCGCCGGAGGCAGCCAAGACGAACAAGUUCAAAUCCACCAAGGACAUCUUGCGCGCGGCCAAAAUUCUUGCAGCCACCGCUGCUUCAGUCCCCUCCACUGUCAUUCACUCUCUUCACAAUGCCAUCAACAAGCGGCAAGAGGUUCUUAAAAUCUACCAGAACCUGGGCUCCGACGACGCCGCUCAUGAAGCCUUUCUUCACAGACUGAAGGAAACACUGAAUGUACUUGAACCCCUUGUGCCGAAACCAUCGACACCACGUGCAGGUACUCUUGAGCUUGACAGCUCGGUGGCAACGAACCGUUUCUCAGCUCUCGGCAUCCAAGAACCUACCGAAUCAUCCCCAAUCAACACUUUCCUGCCGGAGACACAAAAGAAGCACUCAGAGACGCCUGAGGAUAAAUCUGCUACCUCAGCCUCUGAGUACGGGGAUAUUAUCUUGGAGGACGAUUCGAUCAUGAUCAGAUACAAAGCCAUGUGUGAAGCAAUCGCCUUUAUCCGCGAUCUCUACAAGUUGCGACUUCGAUUGGAUAAAUAUUGGACAGACGUGGCUGAAGGAAAAAUGACGUUCACACUCGCUUCGUGGCUUACGAGUGCGGCUGUUAGCCACAUUCAGUCCUUUGCACCAUCAACGUGGCCUUCUUCCAUGAAAUAUCUCAUCGAUAACACAGAGUUGGCAUCGGAAAUCUAUUCGAAAACCAAGAUGAUGGAGGAAGUCACCGCAUCGACAAUUGUUUCAGAAAUCCACUACCUCAGCCAUUUGAUGGUCCUCGUUUGGAACCAAGGAGAUCACGCUCCGAAGCUCCCCUCUCCAACCAUAUAUCUCGACGAAUUGUCAGGAGCGCAAGUGGACAUUUCGACUUUCACCACGUUGAAAGAACAUUUGACUGGACCAAAGAACGUAAAGCCGUGGAGUACUAUGGAGACGUACGCACUCGUCAUUCCGGAGAUACUAGACAACAUCGACCGGGCCCUUUGUGGGAAACGCUCAAUCGAGACAUUUGAGAAAGGAUUCCAAUACAAUCUCUCUGCUGCAGAGUUGGAAUUGCAUCAGAAGCUUGCCAACGGACAGAUAAGCAUGCAAGCAUUGUGGACCAGGAUUCCGGAAAUGAACCCGGAACACGUCAUGACACCCAAAAACCAGGAACUUGUGAGGAACUCAAUGAUCAGACACAGCACCUGUGAGCCACUCAUCAUCCCCGCUCUUCAACUUAUCCGGAACGGAGAAUUGGUCAACGCCAGCACUCUAUAUGCUGGCAUCCAGAUUCUUGUAUCAUCCUCAAAGGCAUUCUUCUGGCCGCGAGGCGCGAAGCAAAAGGAGUGGAACUGCGGGCUUCGUCCACUGCGACUCGCAAUGGAUAUGAAGAAGAAGCUGGUCCCUGUCACACAAGUCAUCAAGCGUUUUGUUGAUCACAGAACGGCAGUGCCGGACCAGCUCAAGCAGGCAGAAGAUCUUCAUCGUGCGCUCAUUGAGUACACCAAGGGAAUGCGCUGGGACCUUUACCACCAGGCCCCAUGGACCGCAGGUUGUCAUCUGAACGAGCUGCUCGUUGGUGCUACGAUAUUUGGCCAAACGCUGUAUGACGGCUACCCUGUCAUUCCAGCGGUACUGCAUCUCUACAACGUUCUAUGCAUGUCUGACGUUGAGCUCACCAAGAUCAAAGUUCUUGAAGGGCUCUGCGAGUUCUUCAAAAACUCCGCCUUCAAUGGAAAACGUCCAAAAGCCAAUUUUCUGACCCACUCCCGAUGCUCUCUCUACUAUGACUGGAAAAAGCCUGUGCAAUUCGCCGACCAGCUAAUUCGACGCCCAUAUCUUCACGAGCCAAUGUACCUCACUCAACACCUCUCUGACCACAUACUCAACUACGAGACUGUGGCAAGAUUGCAUAACAUCAACGCAAAGCGGCCUUUCAAUGAUGCGGAGGAGGCAAAGUUACUUUCGCUGUGCAAAGGUAUGACUUUUGAAUCAUACCUAGAAAAAGCCGAAAGGAUGGUGAAGAAGGACUUCGAUCAAUGCAAUCCAGUGGCCAAUAUCGACUUUCUCCAUAUUUUCAAUAUGUGCAGUAAAGUUCUCGAUACCUUCGGAACAAAUCUCUUUGAGAGCUUUAAAGAGAGCACUGAUCGGAUAGCCAAGGAGGACGCUGUUGUUCUGGGCAGCAAAAUGGUAGAAACCAUCCUGGAGAGAGUCGAUGAAAGUCGAAACAAGGGUAGAUCAGUGAGGAAGAAUUUGCGACACGAGCUUAUUUUCAAAGAGGCCAUCAGCGCACUCGACACGGUAGAUAAAAACAUGGUACUUCAGGACCUUUGUUGGAAGGUUUAG